CCAAAAGCAGAAGCAAGAUAUUCCUCUUAAAGUCUCAAGCGAAAUUUGUCAAAGGAGAAGAGAAAUGGGGAAGGGGAUCGCAGCACAAAAUCUAGGAGCAGACGCGAUCCAGCUAUUAAAUCAGUUGGAGCGGCACUGCUUAGCUCCUGAUGGUUCUCUCAUUUCCAAAUCCACUCACUACGACCUCCAACUCGCGAGGGAGGAAAUGUGCAAAGAACGACAGCGUUAUUUGGAAGCCUUGGCAAUUUACAUCGAGGCAAUUGCAAUGGUGGAAGAUUAUCAGCAGGCGGUUUCAGUGGCUAAUUUUGGGGGCAUUCGCGAUGUUCAGGGUCUUUACUCCCAGCUUGGCUUGAAGAAUCCUCCUCAGGUUUACGAGGCUCUUGAGCAUCGAAUGGUUGUGGCAGAAGCUGCUCAGAAGCUGAGGCUUCCCCUGAUAUCCAAGGAUGGCGAAAUACACGAGGAAGAAAUUGAAAAAUGGAGUAUAAUGUCAAGAAGCUCCCUUGAUAGUACCUGUACCAGUGUCACAAUUAGCUCAAGCUCAAAUUCAACUAAUUAUACAAAUAUUUCAGCACUUGGCACCUCUGCUCCUGCCAGCACUAUGAUCUCAGGGGUUGUCGCUGAUGCAUCAGAACCUGAAGUUGGUGGUGCUCCUAAUCGAUACCUCGGAAUCACUCCUGCUUAUUUGUGGCAAACUCAACUUCAGCAACUUCCAUUACCUAUGGAUAUGGCAGAAUACCAGAUGUCACUUGCCCGUGAGAUUGACAGUCGACUAGACAUUAAGUCUGAUAAGUUAAUAGAUGCUAUGGUUACAGGUGACAUCGAUUCACCAACCAGUGGUCCAAAUUCAACUGCUAGGCUCCCAGAAAGGAUAAAGUUGAUUAUUGAGGAGAUUGAGAGAGAAGAAACAGCAUGGAGGGGGGAUCUAUAUUCAUCUGACAGAAAGUUUGCAGAAUAUUACAAUGUUUUGGAGCAGAUACUAGGUGUGCUAAUCAAGCUUGUUAAAGAAAUUAAGUUGCAGCAUCAACAUAAAUAUGAUGAACUGCACAAAACUUGGCUUUGCAAAAGGUGUGAGACCAUGAAUGCCAAAUUGAGAGUUCUAGAACACGUCCUGUUGUAUGACACCUAUACUCCAGAAACAAUUGGAGCACUUCACAAGAUAAGGAAAUAUCUGGUUGAUUCUACAGAUGAAGCAUCACUUGCGUAUAAUAAAGCGGUUACACGCCUUCGUGAAUAUCAAGGCGUCGAUCCACACUUCGAUUCCAUAGCCAGACAAUAUCAUGAGAUAGUCAAGAAAUUGGAAAAUUUGCGUUGGACCAUUCACCAAGUGGAGAUGGACCUUAACCGAAGCAUCUGACCUAUUACCUCCUGGAUUCAGAGCUUAUCGUAUGUCUUCUGUCUUGUAUUACUGUAACCAAUAAUAGAGUAAAUAUCCAUUAUAUUUUGUUUUUGCACAAUUCGCGAGUGGGAAAUGAAUAUUUUCUCUUCCAUAGGCAAUCAUUUGUUGUGUAUAAUAACCAAUAAAUGCUCUACCGAUCUGUCUUUCAUAGUCCCAGUGAAGGCAUCCAUUCUAA